AGCAGGCAUGUGCCACCAUCCUUGCAGUGGUCCUUGUCAGAGUACGGAUUAUGUUUUAAAAAGGAGAUAUAUUUGUAUGUACACGCUGAUUCAGAUCGUCUCACCGGACUGAGAAGGAGAGAGGAAAUAAAAGAAAAAAUAAGCGACGUUGUGCGUCAUUUGGAAGUGCUGUGGAUGAGGUGAAAAAUCCCUUUUAUCAACUAAACAAAUCAUUCCGCUGCAACAGCUCAAGCGCUCAGCCACCUCCCGUUAGCCAACCGGCUUCCGCCCUCUAAAGCAAACUUUCAGGAGGGUUUUUGAGAAAGAGAUGAUUACAGGUUGUGUUUGGAAAUUCCUUAUCCGAUAGUUGAUCAUAGGUGCAUUUCUUUAUUAUAUUUUUUCUAUAAAUCCUUGGGCUUCGCUCGGGAAAUUGACAACGGAAUUUGGAAAGAAAGAUAAUUACACCGUUGAGCUAUAUUAUUAAGAAUUUCGCAAGAGGAUGAUGGCGUUUACGACACCAUUGGUCUUACAACCCAACCUGUCACGUUAUCCUCAUCCUCCAACCUUCACCUGCUGUUUUAAACCGUCUUUUAGGUCCAGAGAGAUGCCCCAGAAGGUCAUACUCGGUUCUAAUUUCCGUAGAAGAAUAGCUGGAAUAGCAGCAAUAGUGUCAGUACUAUUGGCCAGUCCGGAGGUUUCUGAUGGAUUCGAGUUUAACAUGGUAGUACCAGGUACAACGUACGAAGAGGCAAAGAGUGGAAUCAGAGGCCAUGCUCAAGCUUUGCUAGGUAUAAAAUCUCUGAUAGAGUCAGAGUCGUGGGUAGAAGCACAGAAGGUGCUAAGGAAGAACUCGUCCUACCUGAAACAGGACUUGUAUACCAUAAUCCAAGGGAAGCCCGGAAGUGAGAGGCCCGAGCUAAGGAAGUUGUAUUCCAAUCUCUUCAAUAAUGCUACCAAACUAGAUUAUGCAGCAAAGUAUAAAGAUGCAUCGCUUGUCUGGCAGUGCUACGAGAACAUUGUUCUGGCUCUCAAUGAGAUUUUAUCCAGAAUAUAAUCAUCAGAUCAGACUCGGAGGGGUCGUAUUGAUGAUGGAAUGAUCACUUUGCUAGAGAAGAAGAGAGUGGAGAAACACUCAAUGACCUUGCGCGAGAGGAACAACUCGUUACCAAAAAUUGACCUUACUUGGGUGGAUGACGGCUGGACAUCAUAGAUAUCGCCCAACCUUUUUGACUUCUUGCUGAAACAACUCGAGGCAACUUGUGGUCUUAUAAUCUUACGUCCUUAUCCUUGAUACAUGAGUGAGGAGCUAUGUCAUGCUUUUGUUAUGGUGAGAUCGCUACUUGGUUAAUGAUCACUUUAAACUCUAAAUUCUUGAAUUGGGCCUUAGCUUUUCUAGAAAAUGAUGAUUUUUUUUUCAAGUAAAAGAUUUUAUUCCUACUAAUUAAAGAACAUGCAUAAUCCAAAUACACAAAAAAGUAUAUAAGAAAAAACACCUAGCUAAAUAUGAUGAAAUAUGUACAAGAAAUAGGAUGGUGAUCGAUAUGAUGGACUAAUAUACUUUAUUUUUGUGUUAUAAUUAUUCAGAAUCAUGAAGAUUUAUGUGAGCUCUAUAUUUACUUAAUUUUUU